GGAGCACAGAAGGACGCUCUAGCCACCCAGGAGACGUCGAAACUCCUCUUCGGCCUCUCAGGAUCCAUAGCGCCCUCCGCCGGGCCGGAGAAGGGGCGGGAGCGCCGGAGGGAGGCACAUCCGGGACCCUUGGCACCCCGGAGCUGGGGCGGAGCGAUGGAAGGGGCGGGGCUCGGCAUGGGGCGGGGCUCGCUCCGACCCGAACCUGGAGCUGUCCUCGCCCUUUCCGGCCGCCGCCUAUUCCCGGUGGUACGCAGGGCUUCUGUAGGCGCCGCGAGUCCGGAGCAUUGACUUCCAGGCACAGGUUCUACAAAGAACAAGGAACAUGGAAGAAUCUGCAAGCCAGUUGCAGCCACUCAGUGAGAAUCAAGUAGCCAACUCUGAGGGCGGAUAUGUAUGGCAGGUCACCGACAUGAACCGGCUGCACCGCUUCUUGUGUUUUGGUUCCGAAGGUGGCACCUACUAUAUCAAAGAACAGAAGCUGGGCCUUGAGAAUGCUGAAGCCUUAAUUAGACUGAUUGAAGAUGGCAGAGGAUGUGAAGUGAUCCAGGAAAUCAAGUCCUUUAGUCAGGAAGGCAGGACUGCCAAACAAGAGCCGCUGCUGUUUGCACUGGCCAUUUGUUCCCAGUGUGCAGACAUAAAUACAAGGCAAGCAGCAUUUAAAGCUGUCCCUGAAGUGUGUCGCAUUCCGACCCACCUCUUCACUUUCAUCCAGUUUAAGAAAGACCUGAAGGAGAGCAUGAAGUGUGGUAUGUGGGGUCGCGCUCUCCGGAAGGCUGUGGCAGACUGGUAUAAUGAAAAAGGCGGCAUGGCCGUGGCGCUGGCAGUUACAAAGUAUAAACAACGAAACGGCUGGUCUCACAAAGAUCUUCUACGGCUGUCCCACCUUAAACCUUCCAGUGAAGGACUUGCUAUUGUGACCAAAUAUAUCACAAAGGGCUGGAAAGAAGUUCAUGAACAGUAUAAAGAAAAAGCACUUUCUGUGGAGACUGAAAAACUACUGAAGUACCUGGAGGCUGUGGAGAAAGUGAAGCGUACAAAAGAUGACCUGGAAGUCAUUCAUCUGAUUGAAGAACAUCAGUUAGUUAGGGAGCAUCUGUUGACAAACCACUUGAAGUCUAAAGAGGUAUGGAAGGCUUUGCUACAAGAAAUGCCCCUUACCGCACUACUGAGGAACCUGGGGAAGAUGACUGCUAACUCAGUGCUUGAACCAGGAAAUUCUGAAGUAGCUUUAGUAUGUGAAAAACUGAGCAAUGAAAAACUGCUCAAGAAGGCUCGUAUACACCCGUUUCAUGUUUUAAUUGCAUUAGAGACCUACAGAGCAGGCCACGGGCUCAGAGGAAAACUGAAGUGGAUUCCAGAUAAAGAAAUCUUGCAAGCGUUGGAUGCUGCUUUUUAUAAAACAUUUAAGACAGUCGAGCCAACUGGGAAGCGCUUCUUGCUCGCUGUUGACGUCAGUGGCUCUAUGAACCAGAGAGUCUUGGGCAGUGUACUCAGUGCUAGUACUGUUGCUGCAGCAAUGUGCAUGGUGGUUACACGGACAGAAAAAGAGUCUUCGGUAGUUGCUUUUGCGUGCGAUAUGGUACCAUUUCCAGUGACUGCAGACAUGACAUUACAGCAUGUUUUAAUGGCUAUGAAUGAAGUUCCAGCAGGCAACACAGAUUGCUCUCUUCCAAUGAUCUGGGCCCAGAAAACCGGCACAGCUGCAGAUGUCUUCAUUGUAUUCACCGAUAAUGAGACCUUUGCAGGGCAGGUGCAUCCUGCUGUUGCCCUGAGGGAGUACCGAAAGAAAAUGGAUAUUCCUGCUAAAUUGAUUGUUUGUGGGAUGACAUCAAAUGGCUUUACGAUUGCAGACCCAGAUGAUAGAGGCAUGUUGGAUAUGUGUGGCUUUGAUACUGCUGCUCUGGAUGUGAUUCGGAAUUUCACAUUGGAUGUCAUUUAACCCUGAGUGCCAGAAUGAUAUGAGAGGUGCACUGCUGUAGUGGAUUUCAUUGAAAAUACACAGCUACUUCCCAGCUAGAUGCAGUAGUGAGAAAUGGCAUCAGUAUGUGCACGAUAGAAAUGUAUUGUGGCAAGAACAAGAGAAGAGGGAAGGAAGGAAACACAUGUUGAGCCCAAAGGUGCAUGUACUCUGCUAGCUCUUGAGAAGUCUUUAGGAUACUGUAGCUUUCUCUAUAGAGAACUUUCUUUUUAACAGACACUGUAAAAUAGUCGCGUUUUACUUCACUGAAUCACGCCUUUGUACUAAAAGUGAGAUACAAAGUAUAAGUAGCCUCACAUCAUGUCACUUGUUUGAGAAGUGCUUGUUUUCUUAAAUGUCUUCAUUGGAAAAGGACAGUUUUGAUAAUGUCCAAAUACUCUGAGGUGCACUAGACCAUGUGACUGUGAUGGAAAUGAACCUCACCAGGUAAAUUUUUAUACCAAGGGGUUUAAAAAAAAAAAAA